AUAGAGACUAGAAUCAUGUGUAGACCCAGACUGCGUGACAGGUUCCCUUCCCAGAAGGACAUUAGUGAACCAGAUGGGUUUUGUGACAGUUCGGCAGUUUUCAUGGUUAUUUUUCCCUCGUGCUGACCCCACAAAUUACCAGAUUCAUUCAGCUCAAUUUCACAACCUGCCCUUGUGUUUUUGUGGGUUCUCUCUCUCGCUCCCUUUUCUCUGUUUUAAUCAAUUUCACAGGGUAUGAGAAGUGGAGGAUUCGCAGUCGGGAAACUCAAACCAAACAUCACAACAGGGUCUGACAGAGUUGCCAAUUUAUCGUAACCUGAAUAUCAUCAGAUUUUGCACAUGGAAGGACAAAGCACUAUUCACAGUGGAGAGAACCAUACAUGUGUUCUGUGUGUGGACAAGUCUUCAGCCAAUCAUCUGGCCUGUCGAGACACAAGCACAGUCACAACAGGGAGAAGCCAUGGACAUGUAAAGACUGUGGAAAGAUAUUCAUUACCCCAUCUAAGUUGGAAACUCAUCAGCGCAGACACACGGGGGAGAGACCCUUCACCUGCUGUGUGUGUCAGGAAGGAUUCAUUCAGUCAUCCCACCUUCUGAGACACCAGCGAGUUCACACUGAUGAGAGACCGUUCAGGUGCUCUCACUGCGGAACUGGGUUCAGGCAAUCAUCUCAACUUAUGGUACACCAGCGUGUUCACACUCGGGGGAGGCCAUUCAGCUGCUUCGAGUGUGGCAAGGGAUUCACUACCUCAUCCCACCUUCUCAGACACCAGCGAGUUCACACUGGGGAGAAGCCAUUCUCUUGCCCUGAGUGUGGGAAGGGAUUCAGUCAGUCAUCCAACCUGGUGACACACCAGCGAGUUCACACCGGGGAGAGGCCGUUCACUUGCACUGAGUGUGGGAAGGGAUUCAUUCAGUUUUCCAACCUGUUGGCACACCAGCGAGUUCACACUGGGAGCGGGUAUUCAACUGCUCUGAAUGAGGCAAGGGAUUAACUCAGUCUUCCAUCCUGCUGUGACACCGGUGGGUUCAUAGUGAGGAGAGGCCUUUUAAAUGCACAGACUGUGGAUAUUCAAUCAUCCUACCUGUGAACACGCCAGUUUAC